AUGUUCGAAAAGGUUGGACCUGUUGGUGGUGACAAGGGGUCUCCAUUCGACGAUGGUGUUUCCACCGAUGUGAUGAAAGUAACUGUCGCGGCAGAUGAAUUCAGUAUAACUUAUAUCGAGGUCUUAUACGCAAAUGAAAAAGAAGGAAGAGCCGAAAUCGUUAGUCACGGGACGAAACGAGGGGAAAUAAAAGAGUUUUUAGUGGCUUAUCCGAAAGAAAAUAUCAUAUCCGUUGGUGGAAGCUACGAUCAUAUUUUUACGUAUGAUACAACGCUUAUCACGUCGCUAUACUUCGAACUCAGCACUGGAAGAACAUCUCCGAAAUUCGGAAAAACGAGUGGAACAGAAUUCUUGCUCAAAGGUGAAAGUGGAGGAAAGCUUGUUGGAUUCUUUGGACGCAGUGGUCAGGCUAUUGAUGCCAUUGGGGCCUACUUCGAGACCAAAUCUGAUGGACCACAAAAGUUGGAGUCACACGGAGGUGGUAAUGAAGGAGCUUAA